AACGCAAUCAGCCCUAACAAAGCAGUCAGCCUUCACAGAGCACAAUUAGUCCUUACAGAGCAGAAUCAGACGUCAGAGAGCACAAUCAGACGUCAGAGAGCCCAAUCAGACGUCAGAGAGCACAAUCAGACGUCAGAGAGCACAAUCAGACGUCAGAGCACAAUCAGACGUCAGAGACCACAAUCAGACAAAAGAGAACACAAUCGGACGUCAGACCACAAUCAGACGUCAGAGACCACAAUCAGACGUCAGAGACCACAAUCAGACAACAGAGAACACAAUCAGACGUCAGAGACCAUAAUCAGACAUCACAGAGCACAAUCAGACAUCACAGAGCACAAUCAGACGUCAAAGAAAACAAUCAGACAACAGGGAACACAAUCAGACGUCAGAGACCACAAUCAGACGUCAGAGACCACAAUCAGACAAAAGAGAACACAAUCGGACGUCAGACCACAAUCAGACGUCAGAGACCACAAUCAGACGUCAGAGACCACAAUCAGACGUCAGAGACCACAAUCAGACAACAGAGAACACAAUCAGACGUCAGAGACCACAAUCAGACGUCAGAGACCACAAUCAGACAACAGAGAACACAAUCAGACGUCAGAGACCACAAUCAGACGUCAGAGACCACAAUCAGACGUCAGAGACCACAAUCAGACGUCAGAGACCACAAUCAGACAACAGAGACCACAAUCAGACAACAGAGAACACAAUCAGACGUCAGAGACCACAAUCAGACGUCAGAGACCACAAUCAGACGUCAGAGACCACAAUCAGACGUCAGAGACCACAAUCAGACAACAGAGAACACAAUCAGACGUCAGAGAGCACAAUCAGACGUCAGAGACCACAAUCAGACGUCAGAGACCACAAUCAGACGUCAGAGACCACAAUCAGACGUCAGAGAGCACAAUCAGACAACAGAUAACACAAUCAGACGUCAGAGACCACAAUCAGACAACAGAGAACACAAUCAGACAACAGAGAACACAAUCAGACGUCAGAGAGCACAAUCAGACAACAAAGAACACAAUCAGACGUCAGAGAGCACAAUCAGACAACAGAGAACACAAUCAGACGUCAGAGAGCACAAUCAGACAACAGAGAACACAAUCAGACAACAGAGAAUACAAUCAGACGUCAGAGAGCACAAUCAGACGUCAGAGACCACAAUCAGACGUCAGAGAGCACAAUCAGACGUCAGAGACCACAAUCAGACGUCAGAGAGCACAAUCAGACGUCAGAGAGCACAAUCAGACGUCAGAGACCACAAUCAGACGUCAGAGAGCACAAUCAUCAGUCGUAAAUCACAACACGUCAGAAAUAUUGCCUGGAGGGUUUGACUCCAGAUAA